AUGAAGAAUAUCGCGUUGACUCUUGGUGUUAAGCACCUAAGCCUAAGUGAAGAUCCAUGUCUCACAAAGACUCUGGUGAUAACUCAAGAUGUUCUCAAGGUAGGGCAGAACAGCACAAUCAGAUGUGACUGUACUUUCAACAACAACAACACUUGUCAUAUCACACAUUUUAUCCUUAAGACAUUCAGUCUUCCGGGUAGACUUCCACCAGAAUUUUCCAAGCUUCGUGACUUGUGCCGUAAUUACCUUUAUGGCUCAAUUCCUAUGGAAUGGGCUUCACUGCCUUACCUCACAUCUAUAGGUCUUGAAGCCAAUCAAUUCUCUGGAACGAUUCCUAAGGAACUAGGGAACCUGGUUAACCUAGAAGGAUUCCGUUUCAGCGAUAAUCGCCUUAACGGAUCCAUCCCAGAGUUUAUUGGGAACUUAUCAAAACUUCAAAGAUUAGAACUAUACGCGAGUGGCCUAACCGAACCUAUUCCAGUCUCCAUUUUUCGUCUAGAGAAUUUGAACGACCUGAGGAUCAGUGACACAACUGCUGGAUUGGGACAAUUCCCUCAUAUCACUAGCAAGAACCUGAAAUUUUUGUAUGCAAGUUCUCAGAAACGUGAACUUAACAGGACCAAUCCCAACCACUAUCUGGAAUCUUCCAAAUCUCACGACUCUAACCAGAAUUCUUCCAUGUUCCGCCACAAACAACUGUCAAAAUUGUCGCUUCAUAUAAAGUGUGGGGGACCUGAUGUAACUAUAGAAAACUCUCGAGGAAAGUUUCUCUAUGAGGGUGAUGACUAUGGAGUUACCGGUUCAGCUACGACCUACCAUGGGAAAAACUGGGGAUUCAGCAAUACUGGUGACUUUAUGGAUGAUGCAGUAACAGGAGAUAUAUACACAGUUUCAUCAGAACCUGCAGUAUCAGCAAAACAUCCUGAGCUUUACAAGACAGCUCGGCGUUCUCCCCUGAGUCUGGCUUACUUUGCCUUUUGUUUUGAAAAUGGAAGCUACAACGUGAAACUCCAUUUUGCGGAGAUUCAGUUCUCAGAUGAAGAGCCAUACGCUAGACUAGCGAGACGCUUGUUUAACAUCUACGUCCAGGGGAAGUUGGUUUGGGAGGAUUUCAGCAUCAGAGAGGAAGCUAAUGGAACUCACAAGGAAGUUAUAAAAGAAGUAAACACGACUGUGACUGAUAACACUUUAGAGAUACGGUUGUACUGGGCAGGGAAAGGCACGACGGUUCUGAAUCUGAAUGUGGCGUACAAGUGCAGAUUCUUCCUCCAGUCACAAAAGAAGACAAACCAAGAACAUAUCCACUCGUUCUCGGUUCUGAGGCAACUAAAAGCUGCAACAGACGAUUUUGAUCCCUUAAACAAGAUUGGAGAAGGCGGCUUCGGAUCUGUCUACAAGGGGAGAUUACCAGAUGGAACAUUGAUUGCGGUGAAGAAGCUAUCUUCAAAAUCAUGUCAAGGCAACAAAGAGUUUGUAAACGAGAUCGGUAUAAUCGCUUGCCUGCAGCACCCGAAUCUUGUGAAGCUUUAUGGAUGCUGCUGUGAGAAUAAUCAGCUUCUUCUUGUCUAUGAGUACUUGGAGAACAAUUGUCUUGCAGAUGCAUUGUUUGGUAAAGCGUUUGUGUUGCAGAAGAAAGGGGAUUUCGCGGCGAUUCUUGACUCGAGGCUGGAAGGAGUGUUCGAUGUGAUGGAGGCAGAGAGAAUGAUAAAGGUUUCGCUUUUAUGCUCCAACAAGUCUCCGACAUUAAGGCCAACGAUGUCGGAAGUUGUGAGGAUGCUUGAAGGGGAAGCUGAGAUAGAGCAGGUCAUAGCCGACCCAGGAGUGUACAGAGACGAAUCGAGGUUUAAGCGACCGUCGGAGAUGGGGACAUCGUCUUUUCUUUCCGAAUAUAUCAUGUCGAUUCCUUCAUCCUGUGAAUCUACUUACGAUUUGUACCCUCGUAGUCCCGAGUCCAUUGUUUUUUCUAGACCGUAAGCGUAAACAGAGGUUCGAUCCCCGUUAAUGUACUACCGUCUGAGCUCGGGGAUUUUGAACACCAUGGCUUCUUCUUUUUCUUCUUCCCCGCCUACAUUGCAGCACUUCUUUCUCCCAGUGAUUGAGGUUUGUUUUUAAUUAUCAUCAAUGAGAGAGAACAUAAAUUCGUCA